CUUCGACUCUCGCGCAAGCCGGACUGCGGCUACCUCGUCACUGUGCCGAAGGUCCACGUGCGAAGUGACGAGCCAUGUAAACAACCGGGUGUCAAACUCCGAGGAAAGGCAGUUUAUCUUCGUCGAGAACUUCCGUUUAUCGUCGACGUAACGUCGGCGUCAUGCGCCGAUGCAGCGGCGCGGAUUCCGCAAGUGUUCAACGAAGAUUUAGAGGAAAAUCCGUACUGCAUAUCCGGUCGCGAAAUGUCCGGACUAUCGAAACGCAGCCUUGUGUCACCAGAUGUUACGUACGAAACGUUUCACUCGAACGCCUGCCCGCAUCGUAGGAACUUUGACGGCGAACGGAUGACCAAGCGAGUCUCCCUUUGGGCGGGACCAAGAGGGACGAGCGAGCUGUUUGUCCGUGAAUAGCAAACGAAGAGAUUGUCCGAGAGACAAUAUAAUGCCGGUCCCCGGUACAAGGAGAUUAUGCAGAUUCGGCCUCGCCGCGGUUCUAGUCACCGCUAUCUACGCCCUCGCCUUCGUCGACCUGCCGCCCCAGCUCCAAGAACCCUUACCCGACCCGCCAUCCACCCUCGGCGGAGAGCCUCCGGGCACCCAAAGCGUCGUCGCCUAUUCCUGGGCCCGCAGACUGGCCCUCGACUACCGGCCCUCAACCGACUGUCCCACCGACCCCAGCCUCUCGCUCCGGGGCCUUCCAUCGCCAUCGGCGUCGCCCAAUUGGCUCGAGACUCUCGAUGGUCAGCUCUUCCUAUUCAGUGCUCACCUCGAUCAGCGAGUCACUGCCUACCCUAACCUCAGGGUCAUUGCUGUCAGGAGCAGGCCCCUGGAGAACUUGAUCUACUGCACGGUUUGGCUAGAUGAGGAUGGCCAGUUACGUACGGUGUCAAUGGAGGCCCUGGUCUCUGAUAUCUGGCUGGACCAGUGGGGCGGUGUAUCGGAUACGUACACGGGCGUGCUGAUCACGUGUCCACUGCCCCGUAAUUCGUCUCCGCGUCCGAUUCGAGUGACGGUGGUGGGAUCGGCGUGCGCCGGGGAAGUUAGUCAGAGCGUUAAGGUGCGUUUGAGGGAAGAGCGGGAGAAGGACCGGGGUCGACGAUUCACGGUAUGCGUGAAGGGACUGGACUUCGAGGAGGACGUUUCGGCGAAGCUGGUAUCGUUUGUCGAGCUUAACCGAAUCCUGGGCGCGGAAAGGAUCUACUUCUACGUCUUUCACGUCCACGAGAACGUUUUGCGGGCUCUGCGUGUCUUCGAAAGAUCGAACGUCGUCCGGUGGGUGAACCUUACACUGCCUGGAAGCCUGCCGAACGAGGUGGAGCACCGACGAAGACUUCUGGAAGGUGACGUGUGGCUCAAACGGCGGUUGGAACUGGUCCCCUACAACCACUGCUUCUACGACAGUCUCCAGGAGGCCGAUUUCGUCGUUCCUCUCGACCUGGACGAGUCCAUUGUUCCCGCCCACGUCGAUAGCUGGGCUCGGCUGAUCGAGGACGAAGAGAAGCGGCUCGGCGCCGCCUUCCGCGACUUCGCUUCGUACGCCGUCCGCAACGCUUACUUCUUCACGGAGCUUCAGCCGGCCUCGCCGCGCAGUGGCGCCCCCUACCUAGACACGCGACGCGCAGGCGCCGUCUCACCAGAGGGCGACGCCGUCAAAAGCUUCGUUUCGACGCGGCGCGCACUUACCGUCCACAAUCACUACGCCCUCGACACUCUCCGACCCGCCACGAGGCGCGCCCAUCAUUUUUCACCCCGCGAUGUUCUCAAGCAUCAUCACAGGCUGUGCGACGAGAGACACUUGGACUGUGAUUCACUGAUGCGCGACGUUACCACGGAUUAUUCCGCAACGAGGUUUGCGAGCGAACUUGUUAACAGGACCGAAACCAUACUCGGUUAUCUUAAUAUGCUUUGAUUCGUUCGGGACACGCUCGUUGUGGCAAAAUCAUUGUUCGAUACGUUGAUUGACAUUUUUUUUUUUUUUUUCUUUUCAAUAAAAUCGUAAGAUACAUUAACGAAAUUCAAACUUGCGAUUUUCGAGCCGAACGUUGACAUCUUUCAGAAAAUUCUCUCCGCUGCGACACAAAAAUUAAAAAGCUUUGAAAUUUUA